GGGAGCUGCCUGCGCCUGCCUGCCCCUGCCCUGCCUGUCCCGCCCGAGCGGCAGCUCCGGGAGGCUGCGGGCAGAGCCCACGGUCGGCGCUGUGGGGACAGCUACCCAUACAGAGUAUUGAAAAUCCUGAAGAAUGGCUCUACCUACCUCCAAGUAUCUCUCUGGAAGUUUGGGGUUUUUUCUGUUUGUAGUCUCUUCAGUAAGCACAGCAGAAGCGGCUGUCACAUGUCCUGACAGAGAGCCCGAGUUGGAAAUCUGGAACCCAGGUCACAACGAAGAAAACCGCGUUGAAAUCCGCAGCGGCAGGAAGCUGCUCCUCUCUUCUUCUGCCACUGUCCACUCCAUCCACAUCACUGAUGGAGGAAAACUGGUCAUCAAAGAUGAUGUGCAGCCCAUCAUCCUGCGUACAAGACACAUACUCAUUGAAAAUGAUGGAGAGCUACACAUUGGCAGUGAGCUGUGCCCUUACCAAGGCAAUGUGGUUAUCAUCUUAUAUGGGCGAGCGGAUGACGGCAGCCAGCCAGAUCCUUACUUUGGACAGAAGUACCUUGGAGUCAGCAAAGGCGGCACUCUUGAGAUCCAUGGAAAGAAAAAGCUGUCCUGGACUUUCUUAAACAAGACUCUUCAUCCUGGUGGCAUGGAAGAAGGUGGAUAUUACUUCGAAAGGAGCUGGGGCCACCGGGGUGUCAUUGUCCACGUUAUUGACCCAAAGACAGGGGCAGUUGUCCACUCAGACCGGUUUGAUACCUACAGAGCAAAAGAGGAAAGCGUCCGCCUGGCUCAGUAUCUGGGUAGAGUUGCAAAUGGCAUGAUCCUGUCGGUCGCAGUGAAUGAUGAAGGAUCCAGAAACUUGGAUGACUUGGCCAGGAAAGCAAUGACCAAACUGGGCAGCAAGCAUUUCCUCCACCUUGGGUUUAGGCACCCAUGGAGUUUUAUUACCAUUAAAGGAAAUCCCUCCUCUUCUGUUGAAGACCACAUUGAAUAUCAAGGUCACAGAGGGUCAGCUGUGGCCAAAGUAUUCAAACUAUUCAAAGCUGAGAAUGGAGAACAUUUUAACGUCUCUUCAACGAGCGAGUGGGUUCAAGAUGUAGAAUGGACAGAGUGGUUUGAGAAGCCUGACAAAGCGAGAUCUAAGGAUAUGGAGAAGCUGUCUGACUUCAAAGCUGCUCAUCCUGACAAGAUCUGCAGGCAGCCCAUUGACAUCCAGGCAAGGACGCUUGAUGGAGCGGAUUUAAGCACUGAGGUUUUCUACAAGGGCGGCCACGAUUACCAAUUCCUGUGCCACGGCAAGGACCAGACGGGCGAGGGCUGCCACAACUACCGAGUGAGGUUCCUGUGUGGCAAAUCUGUGAAACCGAAGCUCACGGUAACCGUUGACACCAACGUGAACAGCACGAUCCUGAACCUGGUGGAUGACGUGAGCUCGUGGAGCCCUGGGGACAGGCUGGUGGUGGCGAGCACUGACUACUCCAUGUACCAGGCAGAAGAGUUCCAAGUGCUGCCCUGCAGAACCUGCAGACCCACCCAGGUCAAGGUAGCAGGGAAGGCCACGUACCUGCACGUCGGCGAGGUCGUCGACGGCGUCGACAUGCGGGCGGAGGUGGGGCUGCUGAGCCACAACGUCGUGGUGAUGGGCGAGAUGGAGCAGCAGUGCUACGAGUACAGCAGCAAGUUGUGCUCCUUCUUUGAUUUCGACACCUUUGGGGGACACAUCAAGAUUGGUCUCGAUUUCAAGGCUACCCACAUUGAAGGUCUGGAACUGAAAUACAUGGGCCAGCAGACAAUGGGGCAUUACCCAAUUCAUUUCCAUAUGGCUGGAGAUGUGGAUGAGAAAGGAGGCUACAACCCUCCUACGUAUGUGAAGGACACCUCCAUCCACAACACCUUCUCCCGCUGCGUCACAGUCCAUGGUUCCAACGGUUUACUGGUGAAGGACGUGGUGGGUUAUGAUGCUCUGGGCCAUUGUUUUUUUACGGAGGAUGGGCCAGAAGAGCGGAACACAUUUGACCACUGCCUUGGGCUGCUGGUGAAGCCCAGCACUCUGCUCCCGUCCGACCGCGACAGCAGGAUGUGCAAGCUGAUCACAGAGGGAGCCUACCCGGGCUACAUCCCUAAGCCCAGGCAGGACUGCAGUGCUGUAUCCACCUUCUGGAUAGCCAACCCACACAACAACCUUAUAAACUGUGCAGCUGCUGGAUCUGAAGAAACAGGGUUUUGGUUUGUCCUGCACCACGUGCCCACAGGCCCCUCGGCAGGGAUGUAUUCCCCCGGCUACUCGGAGCACAUGCCGAUGGGGAAGUUCUCCAACAACCGCGCGCAUUCCAACUACCGGGCUGGAAUGAUCAUUGAUAAUGGCGUUAAAACCACCCCAGCCUCUGCCAAGGACAAAAGACCUAUCCUGACACUGAUUUCUGGGAGGUACAGCCCGCACAAGGAUGCUGAUCCUUUGAAGCCCAGGGAACCUGCAAUAAUUGAGGGCUUUAUCGCCUACAAGAAUCAGGAUCACGGGGCCUGGCUGCGAGGUGGAGAUGUGUGGCUGGACAACUGCCAGUUUGCAGACAAUGGCAUUGGGCUGACCUUGGCGAGCGGUGGGACCUUCCCUCACGAUGACGGCUCCAAGCAGGAAAUCAAGAACAGCCUGUUUGUCGGUGAGAGUGGAAACCUGGGCACUGAGAUGAUGGACAAUGAGAUCUGGGGGCCUGGAGGUCUGGAUCACCGGGGAAGGACCCUGCCCAUCGGCCCGGAUUUUCCCAUCCGAGGGAUCCAGUUCUACGAUGGGCCCAUCAACGUCCAGAACUGCACGUUCCGCAAGUUCGCGGCGCUGGACGGGCGGCACACGAGUGCCCUCGCCUUCCGCCUCAACAACGCCUGGCAGAGCUGCCCCAACAACAACGUCACCGCCAUCCGCUUCCAAGAUGUCCCCAUUACUUCAAGAGUCUUCUUUGGAGAACCUGGCCCGUGGUUCAAUGAUCUGGAUAUGGAUGGUGACAAAACAUCAGUUUUUCAUGAUGUGGAUGGUUCUGUGUCAGAAUAUCCAGGCUCAUACCUGAUCAAAGAGGAUAACUGGUUGAUCAAGCACCCUGACUGCAUUGAUGUACCUGACUGGAGAGGCUCCAUCUGCAGCGGGCACUUUGCACAGAUAUACAUCCAAGCCUACAAGCCAGCCAACCUUAAAAUGAAAAUAAUAAAAAAUGACUACCACAAUCACCCGCUCUACUUGGAAGGGGCUUUGAGCAAAAGCACUCAUUACCAGCAGUAUCAGCCAGUUAUAACUCUGAGGAAAGGCUACACCAUCCACUGGGACAAGACAGCCCCUGAAGAGCUGGCCAUAUGGCUCAUCAACUUCAACAAGAAUGACUGGAUCCAAGUAGGGUUUUGCUAUCCUAAGGGGACGACAUUUUCCAUUCUCUCAGACAUCCACAACCGUCUCUUGAAGAAAACAUACAAAACUGGGACCUUCUACAGAACCUCCCAAAUGGAGAAACUGGAGCACAGAUACCCUACCAAAGGGUACUACUACUGGGAUGAGGACACUGGGCUGCUCUUUCUGAAACUCAAAGCUCAAAAUGAGAAGGAGAGGUUUGCUUUCUGCUCUGUAAAGGGCUGUGAGAGAAUAAGAAUCAAAGCUGUGAUCCCAAAGACAGCUGGUGUCAGCGACUGUGAAGCCACAGCCUACCCCAAGUACAUUGAGACGCCAAUAGUGGAAGUGCCAAUGCCAAAGAAACUCUCCAGUGCACAACUGCAGAAGACCAAGGACCACCUAAUUGAAGUGAAAAUAGAAACUUACAAGAAACAGUACUUCCACCUGAAGGAUGACUUUGCAUACAUUGAGGUUGAUGGUGUCAGAUUUUUCCUCACUGAAGAGGGUAUCCAGCUGGUUGUGAUUGAUGGACAUCAUGGAAAAGUUGUUGAUCGAGUUACAUUCAAAAACUCCAUUCUACAAGGAAUCCCAGCACAGAUAGAGAAUUAUGUCAACAACAUCAAAGAUCACUCCAUAGUGCUGCUGACAUCUAAAGGAAGAUUCAUUUCAAGAGGACCAUGGACUAAAGUACUGGAGAAGCUUGGAGCAGGAGAGGGUUUUAGGUUAAAAGAAAAAGUGGCUUUUGUUGGCUUCAAAGGCAGCUUCCGCCCCGUCUGGGUGAAGCUGGUCACUAACGAGGACUCGGCUAAAAUCUACCAAGCACUGCCAAUCCCUGUGGUGAAGAAAAUGAAGUUGUGAGGACACCCUGCUGUGCCUGCUGGCCGCCAGCCCUGCCCCGUGGGACGGACGGACGGACGGACGGAUGGAUGGAUGGACGGACUGCUGACCGCUCUGCGCAGGCCUCGCCUGCCUGUGCCACCAGUGUAGCAUUUUGUUGUUGUUGCUGUUGAAAAAGUAAUGUCAGUGUAGCAGCUCAGUGGCCCCGUGUGCCAGCAGAGCCCUCCCGUGCCCAGCGCGUGUUCGGGCUGCGGCCGGGCCGGCUCAGGGCUGGGGACUGAGCCAGGCCGAGCUGCUUCUCCAGGAGCUGCUUCUGCUCCUGGGACAGACUGGUGGUACUGCUGCCUCCUGAAGGGCAGUUCUUGGUCCGAAGACCAUCAAGGAUUGUUGCAUCCACCAUCCUCUAAGUUGACUUUUCCUUUUCCAUAGUGUAAGUAGCUGCUCACGUAGACAUGGAAUGCCAGUUCAAAGACUGGUUGACAGUCGGGUGUAGAAAGAGUGGAUUUGAGUGAUUACCUGGAUGCUGGGAAGUGUAACUGGACAGUAAGCAUUUUCCCUAAAGCUUCUGUGAGGUCUGAUCAAGCUCUUUGGGGUGUGUGUUGUACAUGCAGCCCAUGGCACAUAGUUGGGGAAGAAAUGACAGAAGUGGACAAAACAUGCCAGCAGAGACUGAUGGAACCACCUAUUCCUGCUUCCUCAGAAAACUGUGUUUUUCCUAUGGAUCACGGAGUUUUAAUAGUGGCUGUGCAAACAGGAAAUUUUCCUUCAACAAGCAGCUGCAGGCUAGAAGGAGAGCAAUGUCAAUUAGCACAUCUAUUUUCUCAGCCUUCCCAAUUCAGCCUUUCCCUCUGUAUAACAACCUGCAGGAUCAAUUUAUGGUUGCCAGAUAAUUCCAUCCCAAUUCAAAGCUUCCGAUUUUUGACCAGGAAUACUGGGACUUACCUUAUUCAGCAUCAAAUAGGGUGAGCUGCCCUUGCCUUUCCCAGGACAUCAGAGGGAACAGGAUGAGACUGCUCUGCUGUGUGUUGCUUUUUGAUCCUGUCUUCAGGCUUAAGAUAGUAUGUCUUGGUCCUCCUGUGAGCGUUCCAUGAGACCUGGAUGAGGUCUUGCCAGGUAGCUGAAGAAUUAAAGUGAGAGUCCCAAUGCACUUAUUGGAUGUCUUGUACCUCCUUUCCCCCUGCUUCAGACAAAGACCUGGGUGAUGAUGGCAGGGCAGAGUGAGUCAGGACUUUACAGGGGCAUCUCUUGAAGCUGGGAUGUUAACAUUAUCUUGUAAAACACUGAAAGCAUUUCUAGCAUUCAGUGGUAUUUCUGUCAGUUGCUCCAAAGUACCGCACACAUGUUUCUGGAGGCUGUGGCUAUUCUAAGAAAUCUAAGGGCAGGGGGGAAGUGUGAAAGACAUCAUGAAAAUCUUUUUAAAAAUGUCAGUCUUGCCAGUAAGACUUGGGUUUAUUUCCCCACUUUAUGUCUGUGUGCCCCCCAUGCCACAUAAAUUAUUUCAAUUGCUGAUGGCUACUUUUUUUAUGUAAUUAAGUUUUUUUUUCCCCCACAGUAUCAAAAAUGUUACCUUGAAGUUAGACUAAAAAGCAAGUUUGUCAUUCCAAAGGCUGUGCAGAUACUGGUUUAGAUCAGUUGCUCUGAAUGUCAAAGCAAGCAUGAACAGAAUUUAGAUAUACUGUAGGUUACAUUCCACUCAAGCCUCUCCUGGGUUUUUAAACUGGAAAUGUUCUUUUCAGACUUACUACAAAAUUGUUUUGAAUUCACUGAAUGUCAUGUGUAUUGUAUUUAACAAAAAAAAAAAAAAAAAAAAAAAAAAAAAAAAAAAAAAAAAAAGGAAGAGCCAAACGUUCCUUCCCAGCUUCCCAACAAGAGUCUGCUUAUGAAUUCUCCUUAGGCAUUUGUGCCAUUUGCAGAGUGAAUGGGCAACAUUUGUAAAAGGCAAAUAAGAUGGGUUGUUUAUUCCUCAAAAUUGUUAUGAUAGUUUGGGGAUUUCAAAAAUUAUUCCAUGAAAGAGUCAGUCUCACAACCAUGAUCAUCCAAAAAGUUUAUCUGAUGUCCUGUGAUGGCCAAAACAGUGCCAGAUCCAUGAAGUCAAGGGAAGAGAGUAACAGGAAUUCCCCUGGGUCUGUCAGCUUGGGUUGUUGAAACCUUUUCCCUGCCCUGAGCCAGUGCUGUUGGUUGCAGCAGUUUUGUUGAACACAUUUGAUUCCAGGAGAUGGACAAAGCAGGAGCAUUUCCUUCAUGAGCACUUAGAUGGUGGGCAGGAAAGCAGGCAGGGAUGUGCCUGGAGUGGGAUUUGGCUCUGUACAAGCCUCAGUGCCAGGGUUGUCCCUUCAGUGCUCCACUGGCCACAGCCAUUUCCAUUCUCCUGCUCCAAAUGUAUAAACGCCCUCUCUGUAAGGUUUUAUUCCUGCAGAUGUUUCCAGGUUUGCCUACACAGUUGCCAUUGGUGGAGUGGGGUUUUUUUGGUUGCAUUUUGUUUGUCUCUUUGUUUGUUUGGAUGUUUGGGUUUUGUUGCCUCUGUUCAAUUGCUUGUUUUACCUGUCGCCGAAACAGCUGGUCUUUUUUCGGAGUUAGAUGUUUGUACAUUUUCUUAGAGACUUUCCAAUGAAAAAAAAGAUAUAUUUUCUAUUAAUUUAUUACAAUGGCACUAAGACAACUAAAUUGCAGACUUAUGAAGCAUUUUUACUGGAGUUGAGCAUUGUCCAGUUUGUUAAGGAGGUUGGCAAUGUGUCUUUUCUGAUAAUCUGCUUUGCACUUGAAAGCUCUCUAUGUCCACAGACCAUGGUGGUGCAUUGACUGUCGGGUUUAUGAUGACAAGAGCUCUUGGGACGUUGUUUCCAAAAGAUUGUGGCUUACAACUGAAAUAACACGUAGUUGUUUGGAGUACACAAUGUUUAUCAAAAUAAAUAUUCAGUGCAAAUUUCUUAUUUUA